AUGGAAACAAUUCAUAUUGAAGUUUAUAUAAAUAUUGUUUCAUUUAAGAUCGAUCAGUCGCAAAACCACCUUGAGAAAAUGGGAAAAAGAAAAUCAGCCAAGCCACCCCCCAAAAAGAAGAUUAUGACUAAACUUCCAAAAUAUUUUGAUUGUCCAUUUUGUGAUCACACUCAAAGUGUUGAAUGUACCUUAAAAAGAGAAACACAAGUUGGUACUGCAAAAUGUAGAUCCUGUCAAUCAUCAUACAGCACAAAAAUCAAUGAACUAAGCGACCCAAUAGAUAUUUACACUGAUUGGAUCGAUGCCUGUGAAAUGAUAAACAAACCAUCGGGUACUAUUGGAGUCAUUUUUAAAACAAAUGAUCAUAACAUCUCUGCAUCAUGGUAUCUCCUCCGUCAGAGAAAACAAAACAAACUCAUGAGAAGAUGGUCUCUGAAAUCGGUCUUCUUGAAAGUUCGUUGUUUUCAUCUAUUUUUAUAUUUAAUAGUAUUAAAAACGAAAAUGUUAUUAUUGGAAACUUAUAGAGAUAACAUCCUGAGGAUGUUGGCGUUUGCAUUGAUAGGCACCCUAAUGUUUACAUUUUAUUUAAAUAAUUCAUCGAACAAUAAUAGUCAAUUAACAUCCCACGGUGCAUUCCGUGAUGGAGUCAAUAAAAUUGUACAAACCGAAAUUUCUCCUGCAACCAUUUUACUUGUACCACAUUCUCAUUGUGAUGCAGGUUGGUUACAAACUUUUGAAGAAUAUUAUGAUAAUAAAGUUUAUAGUAUAUUGGAUUCAGUUAUUUCUGAACUUAAAAAAGAUCAUUCAAAACGAUUUAUUUGGUCUGAAAUUUCAUUUUUUAGAAAAUGGUGGGACAAUCAAAAACAACAAAUAAAAGAUAGUGUACAUGAUUUAGUAGAGUCUGGUAGAUUUGAGUUUAUAGGUGGUGGUUGGGUGCAGAACGAUGAAGCAGUUUCAAACAUUGACGAUGUUAUGGAUCAGAUUACCGAGGGUCACAUCUGGAUAGCCAAACAUUUCAAUAGAACCGUUGAGUAUGGCUGGCAGAUCGAUCCUUUCGGACAUUCGUCAUUGACUCCAACACUGUUCGCUCAGCUCGGCUUCAAAGCGAUGAUUGGCAAUAGAAUCACAGACAAGGCGAAAGAGGUGAUGCGUGAUGUUAGACAGUUGGAUUUCAUUUGGGAGGGUUCUGCGCUGCUCGCCGACAAGAGCAGAAUGUUUGUGCAUCUGCUGAACUAUCACUAUGGUUAUCCGUCGCAGGAGAUCUACAACACCGAAGAACCAUACGCCAAAUUCCUAAACAACGUUGAGACCUAUGCCAAGGCGGUGCACGAUCUCAUCGCUCGCUACCGUGACGCAACACUUUCAAACAUCGUAAUGAUUCCAUGGGGAGACGACUUCACCUAUGCCGAUGCCGAAGAUGAAUUCAAGCGUGCCGAUACACUCAUCGAUUUGCUCAAUGACGACAAAGAAAAGAGAAACAUCAAGGAGAUUAGAUACGCUACAUUGUCAGAGUAUUUCGAGUUGCUAUUCAAGGAUAUUAAGGAACGUUCUCUGCCGUUACCGCUAUUUAAAAAUGACUUUUUUCCAUACGUCACAAAGAAUGAAGAGCCGUGGACAGGUUUCUAUUCCAGUCAUACAUUGCUAAAGAAAGAGAUUAGAGAAACAUCGACAAUGGUUCGUUCCGCUGAUAUUUUCUAUAGUUUAGCCGUUGCAAAAUCAUCGUCAAAGUCGAGUCAUCUCAAGGGUAUAAAUGGUUUGGCGCCUGGAUUGGAGGAAGCGCGUCAUAACCUGGCGAUUACUCAACACCACGAUUCAGUGACUGGCACAGCUCGUAGCUAUGUAAUGAACGACUACUAUGUGAAGCUGCAGAAAGCAAGAGAAUCAGUAGAGUCUGUUCUGGUCAACUCGAUCGAGUAUUUGAGAGUUGUCAAUACCACUGUUGCCUCGGACAACAACGACGGUGUUCUGGAGAUAAAGAACGUUCUCGAUAUCAAUUGGAUGAGUAGCGAUACAAAGAAAGGCGGAUCCUACGCAUUGGUACUGACAAACACACUCGCUUGGAACAGAACCGGUCAUACUUCGAUUCGAGUCAAGGGCAGUCGUGAUAAGGUCGGUCGCAUCAGAGUGGUCGAAGCCGACACUCUCAGUGUCAAACAAACACAAACUAUUCCAGUGAAUUUGCAGUUGGAAUGUAAGAACAACGUAGACGAGUAUAACAUUUAUUUCAUAUCUUCGGUGCCGCCAGUGGGAUCGUCGACUUAUUAUCUACUUUUGGAGUCAACCGAGAACAAAGAUACAUGGUCAACGAUCUCUGAAAACUAUUUCUUUGACACCAACUACAAGCUGGAAAAUCAAUUUUUGACAAUCAACUUUAAUUCACAUGGUUUUAUCAAUAGUAUCACCAGACAACUGACCGCCGCCGCCACCACCACAGUCCAACUCAAUGAAACGAUGCAACAAUACACCACAAUGAAGAGUGGUGCCUAUCUAUUUAUUCCCGACGACAAAUCCAAUGAUUUCAGUGGCAAUUCCGACAAGAAAAAGUAUUACUACAUAACUGGUCCACUUCUGAGUCAGGUGCUUGUCUAUUCAUACGGAGGUGACGUCUGCAGUCCAAAGACCAUCGUACUACACAGAGUGUACAGGUCCGACAGCUCACAACCAUGCAGUCUAGAGAAACUAGUGGAAGUCGGUUACUCUGUGCCGGGUGAAGGCAACCGUGAAACCGUAUUCAACUAUCAAACCAGCAUCAAGAGUGGAAAGAAAUUCUACACAGACAAUGGUUUGGAAUCACGUACCAGAUCACAUUUCAACGACAAUUAUAUUAAUUUCCAAUAUUUCCCUGUUUUAAGUUCUGCACAUAUUAAAGAUGAUUCUUUACAAUUUACAAUUUUCACAGAGAGAAGUCAUGGAGUUACUUCUCCAACCGAAGGUGGUUUGGAAAUAAUGGUACAUCGUACUUUGAUGCAAGAUGAUUGGAAAGGUUUAUCAUUUGCCAACAAAGACUUUGCAAGAAUCGAUGGAAAGUUCUAUUUGAACCUUGAUACCAUUGAGACUGCAACACAGAAUUCCAAACAACAAUCACUUCAAAUAUUACAACCACCAAUUCAACUAUAUCAAAAAUUUGUACAUAUCGACGAAUACAAGUUAAAGUAUAAACAGACAUUGUCAUUCUUUAAUAGUUCACUACCAUCGAAUCUCCAUUUAUAUUCGUUGAAGUUCUAUAAUCAAUACGAUAGCAAAGGAAAACCAUUGAUCUAUAUGAGAAUAGGUGAUAUUCAAGUAAGAUCUGACACUACCCCACAACUCGUUGACUAUGACUCGCUAUUCAGUAGCGAUCUAACUGUAUCAAACAUGAACAGGUUGGGACUAAACUUCUUACCUUAUAAAAAACCAUAUGCAUCAGAGUUUAAGAGUACAAAGAAAAGCUUUGUAAUGAAAACAGGAACUUUGUAUUUCUGUGAACAGGGUGCAAGUGAACAUCAACCGGAUCUCACAGAUGAUUUACAAGAUUUGGAUCAGGAUUCAAGUGAUAAUCAUAGUUAUAGUCUUUCACCUUUGGAAAUCAAAUCCUAUGGAAUGACGUUGAGCUUUGGCUCGUUGGUUAUCAGACCAGCAUCUAUCAAUGGAAAUCUUACUCUUGACAACCUCAAUAGCAAUGGCAGCAGCAUUAUCACUACCAACACAACGGAUGAUAAGAUUGUACUUCAGUUGAAUAGCGGUGAGAUCGAUGACCAGCUAACACAAGAACUGAAUCUACCGUUCCCUUUUAUGUUGGUAGGAAAUCCACAUGCAGCAAGAACCGGUUUGAACAAAGAAGAAUUGAAAUAUCCAUAUGACUUUUCAGUAUACAAGAUAGAUUUGGCAUACAAUAACGAUAGUGGUAGAAUAUCUUCACCAAAUUAUGGUCUGAUAGUUGGUGUUUCAUUCUUUGCUUUCUGUGGAGCUGUAGGUUUGGUUUUACUUGUUGUCACUCUUGUCCGAAGAAGAAUGAGAAGAAAUGUUGAACCUGAACAAUUACCCAAGUAUAUGAAUGAUGAUGAUGUUACAUCAAUGGCACAAAAAGACUUUGAUACUCCCACCAUUGCAACUACUGAAACUACAGAAACAAAGGGCAAAGAUCCAAGUGGUGAUAUAACAAUAGUCUAA